GUCAAAUGUCAAAGUCAUCUGUUUUCAUUCUUUCGUUAUUUUCAUUUGCAGCAUAAAAUAUUAGCAAAAUGACUUCACCACUCGAACUACUCGAGAAUAAAAAUGAUAGAAUUCCAACAUUUUUGAACGAUAAAUGGAAUCCUAUGUUGGGUCUUGCUAUGGGAUUUGGUGCUGCAUGCUAUAUGAAUUUUGCUUUAAGAGUACCAGUAUUCUCAGGUAUACAACGGCAUGUUAGUUUUGCUCUGAUUGGAGGUCUUCUAGGAAAAUAUUUUGAUGGUAAAAGAAAUGAUUAUCUAGCAGAAAGAGAUGCUGUAUUACGCCAUUAUGUUCAAUUACAUCCAGAAGAUUUUCCAACUCCCGAAAGAAAAAAAUUCGCCGAUGUUCUUCAUCAAUGGGCUCCAAUUCGUUAAAUAAAAAAUUAAUUAUAAAUAAAUGUAUAUUUUCACAAAAAAAUUUGUUCACCAUCAUACUAUAAAUAAAUUGUUGAAAAAUAGCUAUAUUAAGUAGUUAAAAUGGAAAAUGAAAAUAAAUGGAAUAAAAAAUUUCA